CAAACAGAGCAUGCUGGCGGUCUCUGUCUCUGUCAAAACACACGCACAAGGCAUGCUGUCAAUAUAUCAAAAUGCACAAUCCAGGUCUUUGGCUUCUAAUCAAAAUGAACCUACAAGGUUUCAUCAAAAGGGAGAAGGGUUCGAAGGGAGCUCAUCUCACUGAAUCGUCUCAUGAAGAAGGGUUACCUGUUACUGGUUCUCUUUCACUCACUCUCUGACUCUCUCUCUCACUAUGAAGCUAGGGUUUCGAAACCACAACAGUCAAGAGGUGUUGAUUGAACGCAGAUUUGUGCUAGGUUUUUGCUGGAAAGAAAAUUCGUAUAAGUGAGAUGGGCCAUUUAGCCUCCACAGGAUAUUCACUAUCAAUGGAGUUCUUGCCCAAGUUGCAUACUUUGGUUCUCACUAACAAUCAACUAACUAACUUGGUUGAGAUUGAUCCUCUUGCAUCACUCCCUAAGCUGCAGUUCCUUAGUCUUCUUGAUAAUAAUAUCACAAAGAAGCCAAAUUACCGUUUAUAUGUCAUCCACAAGCUGAAAUCCUUGCGCUUGCUGGACUUCAAGAGAGUGAAACAUGAGGAACAAAUUGAGGCAAAAAAUCUAUUUUCAUCAGAAGAAGAUGAAGAACAAGCUAAAAAGGAAUUUGCAAAGACAUUUGUACCUGGUGAGGCUCCAAGUAUCCCAGAGGAUCCCAAGGAAGAGCAAGCACCUAAACCAGUUGCUCCGACGCCAGAGCAAAUUAUAACUAUCAAGGUAUCAUCCACAUUGUAUCUUUUUUCUUUAUUUCUUCUCGUCCAUCGAUUCCAUAUUUUUAAUGAAUUAAGGCUGAACCCUAAAUUGGAAUGGUAGAUGUUAUGAUUAGGAGGAGAGUUAGUAUAGUUUGCAUACAAGAAACUAAGUGGACGGGAGAGAAAGCUAGGGAAAUUGAGGAUACUGAUUUUAAACUUUAUUAUAGUGGUAAGGAUAGACGCAGGAAUGUGGUAGGAAUCAUAAUUGCCAAGGGUCUUGUGGAAAGUGUGGUGACAGUCACUAGGGAAGGAGAUAGGAUUAUGCUAGUUAAACUAGUUAUUGGAGGGAAUAUAGUGAACAUUAUUAGCGCUUACGCCCAUCAAGUAGGGUUAGAUGAUCAGACUAAGAGGGAUUUUAGGGAGC